CCCCUUUAGUCAAAAGUGCGUAAUAACCUCGAGGCGAUGAUCUUGAGGAGAGAUCCGCCUUAUUCGAUUUGUCUUUGUCAAGCACACAUCGCCCCUGGAUCGCCGGCCUGAGGUCCCGACGGCUUCUUCCAUCAUUAUUGGAUUGUGGCCAUCCUACUUACGGCCGACCUCUUCUGACGCCUUCCAUAGCAUCGGGACACUAAUGAAUGCUAUUACCUCACUACUCGUGCGGAUGGUAGCUCGUCCUCCAGGAUGGCACACCAAGCUCGCAAUCCACACGCGAACUCGCGACCUCGUCCAGUCACCGUUGGUCACCUCUAGACACUCAGCACAUCAAGCUCGCCCAAAGUCCUCCAUCGGCCGUGAAUGUGAUAUUUUCAACUAUACAAGCGGGCGCUGGCUGCGCCAAGACGGACAGGAACGGCUAUCGCGUGCCAUAACUUUCGACUUUGAGACACUUUGCGGUCGUUUACAAGCGGUUUGUCCCGGUGCUCGCUCCGUAAAGUCAUUCGAAAAGAAGGAGGGUGGUUUCAACAGAAUAUUCAUAUUCACAAUGGAAAACAGCCGACAAAUUGUUGUGAAACUGCCCUAUACAUUAGCAGGGCCAUCGGGUCGAAAUAUCAGAUCUGAAGUUGCAACCAUCAAAUACUUGCAAAGACACACGAAGAUUCCAAUACCCUCGGUCUUGGACUGGAGUGACUCUGCGUCCAAUCCAAUUGGAACCGAAUAUAUCAUAAUGGCGCAUGCUUCUGGAGUGCUUUUGCAUCUCAAAUGGCCGCACAUGGAUGUUGAAAGCCAGAUUCGAGAUGGUCGACCUCGAAUCCCAGCAUACGGAAGCCUGUACUCAGUUAGCUCAUUAUACACUGACUCGUCUUCAUAUUUGCUGGAUGAAGGAUAUUGCAUUGGUGCCCACUGUGGACCGAUGUUUUGGGAUUGUAACCCGUUACAACCGAGAUAUUAUGAGAGAGUAGAGCCUAACCAUGGGCCAUGGCCCACUUUAUCCGCUUUUUGUGAUGGACUAGUGGAUACCGGCAUCUCCAGAGUUCCACCCGCCGGCCCCGCUGGACCGCGGCCCCGAUAUCAAGGGUCCUCGCAAGAUCACUACAAGCUUCUAGAUCAUGGUCGAGCUGUAAUCAAGAAAAUGGCAGAAGAUCCGCGCAUCCAGAAUGCUGCUCGUCCCACCCUCUAUCACCCAGAUCUUCAUAAGAGGAAUGUCUUCAUCUCUGAAGAAGACCCCACUAAGAUUACUGCUUUCAUAGAUUGGCAAUCGGCUAGCAUUGAACCGGCCUUCUGGUAUGCAGAUGAAGUUCCGGACUUUGCGCAACCUCUUGCGCAUCCUUCACGUGAGGACGCGUUUGAGCCAAAGAGUGAGGCCUGUGCUAAAGUACACAAUAUCUGUCUGCAAUACUUCUCGCCUAAGUUGGCGGAGCCCCGGAUGAUGGAUGAAAGUCUUUUCCGACCGUUCCGAUACUGUUACAGGACAUGGAACGAUGGUGCCCCAGCAUUUAGAGAGGAACUGAUACAAACUGCCCGACACUGGGACGAGCUUGGUCUUCCGCAGCCAUGCCCGUAUCCCCUGCCAACCAGCGAGGAGCUGGAAGAUCACCGCAAACAGUACAAGCAGUUUGAAACAGCUCAAGAACUACGGUUCACAUUGACCAACCUGCUCAAUACUGCUUCCGAUGGUUGGGUGCCCACAAAAGAUUGGGAUGCGACCAAGGAGGCACACAAGGAGGCGUAUGCAGGUUUAUUGCGCGAAGUUCUCAAGGUAGAUCCUACAGACGAAGAAGACACCUUACGGUCAGAAGCCGAUAUGCGCGAGCUUUGGCCGUUCGACCUGGAUGAUUUAAAGCCGUCAAACACAUGUUGA